AUGCAUUUGCGCAAGAAUGAUGCAAUCUCCAAUGCAGAACUUGAAGAAUUAAUCAAGGAUGCAGCCAAAGAUAUAUUGGAAUCUAGAAGAAUUGAUGAUAAGAGACAACACAAAUAUGAUGAGACAGAUAGAACUGUCGACCGCCUGCUGCAAAGAAUUAAAAGACGUGAAGAAGAAGACGAUGAAGAGGAUAUGGAUUUCGUGCAGGAUCAGCAACCUGAAAGCGAUAUUGAAAUGGAUAUCAAUGAUGAAGAAUUAAAAGAUAUGAUUGAUGAAGUAGCCCGUUAG